AUGGAUAUAUUUGUUUUUGCUCUGGGAAUUUUAAUAUUAGCAUGUUUUAUUUUACAUUUCUAUACUCGACAAGUUGAACAACAUUCAAAAGAUCCUAAUUAUCGAGGUUUUCAACAAACCUAUUUACUUGUUUAUCUAUUAGCUAUUGCUGGUGAUUGGCUUCAAGGUCCUCAUGUUUAUGCGUUAUAUGAAAGUUACGGAAUACAAAAACAUGAAAUUGAAAUACUUUUUAUAGCUGGCUUUGGUUCAUCAAUGAUAUUUGGUACAAUUGUUGCUUCACUUGCAGAUAAAUAUGGAAGACGAAAUACAUGUAUCGUGUAUGGUAUUCUUUAUGGAAUAUCAUGUGCAACUAAGCAUUUUCCAAAUUUUUAUAUUUUAUUUGUUGGACGAUUACUUGCUGGUAUGGCAACAUCAAUUUUAUUUAGUGCAUUUGAAUCAUGGUUAGUUAAUGAACAUCGACGAAGAAAUUUUGAACCAGAAUCAUUGGGUCUUAUAUUUGCUAAUGCAUAUUUUGGAAAUUCUAUUGUAGCUAUUAUAUCGGGAAUAGUUGCACAAUUUGCAGCAAAUACUUUUGGCUAUGUAGCUCCAUUCGAUAGUGCUAUAAUUUCAUUUAUUGCAAUGUGUAUUUUAUUAAUAACAACAUGGUCAGAAAAUUAUGGUGAUGCUAAUGCACAUGUAUUACAAUCAUUUAUUUCUGCUUGGACAGCUAUUAAAUCUGAUAAAAAAAUAUUUCUUCUUGGUAUUGUUCAAGGUUUAUUUGAAGCAUCAAUGUAUGUAUUUGUACUUGAAUGGACACCGGCAUUAACAGAAGCAUCAAAUCAAUCAGUUAUUGAUAAAACAGAUAAUAAAAAUCCGCCCAUUCCACAUGGAUAUAUAUUUGCUGGUUAUAUGGUUGCUAUGAUGAUGGGAUCAAAUUCCUUUAAAGUCUUUUGUAAUUAUACAACACCUGAAUCAUUUAUGAGACCAAUUGUUUUUAUUUCGGCAUUAUGUAUGAGUGUACCAAUAUUUAUGCCUUAUAAUCAAGGCAUUAUGUUUACAGCAUUUUUAAUCUUUGAAUUUUGUGUUGGUGUUUUUUGGCCAGCAAUGGCAACAAUGCGUAGUAAAUAUGUGCCUGAAGAAGCACGUGCUACUGUAUUGAAUUAUUUUCGCAUUCCAUUAAAUUUAAUUGUGGUUAUUAUUCUUCUUAAAGAUUUUCAUUUAAAAUUUAUUUUUAUGAGUUGUGUAUUCUUUUUAAUCCUUGCUGGUAUUAGUAUGGUUUUAUUAUAUAAAUUAACAUUACAUAUUAAACAAGGAUUACCUAUUGCUAAUGUUUUAGCUAUACCACAGCACAAUGUAAAAUCAGCACCAAUUGAAAGUGCUGUUGAAAAUCAACCUGCUGUUUAA